CACCGCGUCCGUGACGUCACAAAAGGAACUGCUAGAGCCCCGCUCGGGUCCAGCUGGGAACUCGGAGAGAGGGAGUCAGUGACCCCCGGACCGCACACCCCGCACUCAGCACCUCACAGCCCGGCCUCCGCACCUAGCGCCCCGCAGCCCGACCGGAGCCACAGGCGUCCCGUCCCGGCACACAGGCAGGCCUGAGGGGGGCACCGAGGCCUUGUCCUUCUCCCGUCCCGGCACAGUGCCCGGAGAGGUGCCCAGGCUGGGAGUGCUGCGGGCCCCACUGACAGACUCGGCAGCACCUGGAGGCCCCUGGCAGAUCAGAGUGUGGGUCCACCCAGGGAGCCCCCCCAAUAUUACCCCAAGGAGACCCCAAGAGCUGACACUCACUGGCUGCUGGAGACCAGGGCCGCUGUGCCUGCAUUGCAGCAGGGUAUCCUGUGUUCCUGGGACCGCUGAUCCAGAGAGGCGCCCCCAUUAUCUGCGCUUUCCCCAGGUCCAGUACCGGAUCCCACAGCCCCCCUUCCCCCUCCCCUACCCCCCACCCCCCCCUCACCAUGGCCCAGCAGCAGAUGACCAGUUCGCAGAAGGCCCUCAUGCUGGAACUCAAGUCGCUGCAGGAAGAGCCAGUCGAGGGCUUCCGCAUCACGCUGGUGGACGAGAGCGACCUGUACAACUGGGAGGUGGCCAUCUUUGGGCCCCCCAAUACCCUCUACGAAGGGGGGUACUUCAAGGCUCACAUAAAGUUCCCCAUGGAUUACCCCUACUCUCCUCCGACUUUCCGGUUCCUCACCAAGAUGUGGCACCCCAAUAUUUAUGAGAAUGGGGAUGUUUGUAUCUCAAUCCUUCACCCACCUGUAGAUGACCCACAGAGCGGCGAGUUACCUUCAGAGAGGUGGAACCCAACACAGAAUGUCAGGACCAUCUUACUCAGCGUGAUUUCACUGCUGAACGAACCAAACACCUUCUCCCCGGCCAACGUAGACGCUUCAGUAAUGUUUAGGAAAUGGAGAGACAGUAAAGGCAAAGACAAGGAGUACGCAGAGAUAAUCAGGAAGCAAGUGUCUGCGACUAAGGCAGAAGCAGAGAAAGAUGGCGUGAAAGUUCCCACCACCCUGGCAGAAUACUGCAUUAAAACCAAAGUGCCUUCUAGUGAUAACAGCUCAGACUUGCUCUACGAUGACCUAUACGACGACGACAUAGACGACGAAGACGAGGAGGAAGAGGACGCCGACUGCUACGAUGACGACGACUCUGGUAACGAGGAGUCGUGAUGCUCUCGAGCCUGUGGUCUUUCCCUUCUCACGGCCUGACCCUUAGACCUUCCUGCGCUUUGACCCUCGGCCCUCCUCCUGCCCUCCUCCCCUGCUGACUCAGGCCACAGAUGGAGUAGUGUCUACCUAGCGGAUAUCCUGCCGCAGGAUACAGAGACCAGUCAGUUGCACACUUGUGGACUUUGCUCCAUUUUUUUUCAUUUUCUUUUUUUACACGGACCUGUCGCGGAGAUGCGAGGGACAGGAAGACAGCACCUCACGGAAUCUCUGAAGUUCUUGUAUGCGGCACUGAGCUACUUGUGUCUGCGCAAAACUGUUCUUUCUUUUACAGUUUAUUUCCUAGAAAUCGCUCUCCUGUUUAUAUUCCUUUAAGACGUAUUUGAAAAAGAGGAGAAAAAAAAAAAUAACACAAACUCAAACUGAAAGAGUAACUUUGGUAUUCAUUUAAAUUUAUACCCCACAGGGACGUUUUCAGCCAGAGAAGGUCCCCCUCUAAUUCCCGUCUAUCCUGAGGGGCGCUGGCUUUUUGGAUACAUUGCAAACUCCAAGCCCGCGAAAGGAGCGUUGGAGAAAUCGCUACAGGUUAACGCCAUGGUUUAGCGCCACGUUUUUUGCAGUAAUCCACGUGUGUACAAUGUUAUGUUUACCUCAGCCAAACCCCCCCACACCCCACCCCCUCAAGGUAUAAACCUGUGAUGAGGCUGCAAUCGCAACAUGGCGUCUCCUCGCAGCUGCGGGAACCGGAGUGCGCUCUUACUACUGCUGCUGAUUGGCUUUUUUUUUUUUUUCCUUUCGUUCUGUGAUGUCAUUAAAGGUUUGAAAAAUUAUAUAUAUAAAGCUAUAGAAGAAGCAAGAGUUUACAACAGAAAGAUGCGUUUUGGUCUGAGGCACGAAUCUAAACAGCGUUUGCUACAUCCAUUAGACUAUCGGAAAGAUGUCUGCGUGCAAGAGGUCAUUGCUUAGCACUGUGUUUUUUUGUGGUUUUUUUUCUUUGUUUUUGUUUCUUAUACUUUUAGCUUCUUUUUUUUUUUUUUAAUUUGUUUUGUAUUUCAGCACCCAUGUCAUCCCAACAGUUGCAGGGCUCUUGUGGUAUGUUUUUAUGUGGGUGUCUCACUGUUGUAAAGCGGAAGAGGACAAAUAAAGUAAAAUGUGAAAUUC